AUGGGAACUCAGAAGCCUCGGAUCCUGCCCUGGCUGAUAUCUCAGCUGAACCAGGGGCAACUGGAGGGCGUGGCCUGGCUGGAUGAGGGCCACACGCGCUUCCGCAUCCCUUGGAAGCACGGCUUGCGGCAGGAUGCCCAGCAGGAGGACUUCGGCAUCUUCCAGGCCUGGGCCGAGGCCAGUGGUGCCUACACUCCUGGGAAGGAUAAGCCCGACCUGCCCACCUGGAAGAGGAAUUUCCGGUCUGCCCUGAACCGGAAAGAAGCAUUGCGUUUAGCAGAGGACCACAGCAAGGACCCCCACGACCCACACAAGAUCUAUGAGUUUGUGACCUCAGGAGUUGGGGACUUUCCUGAGCCAGACACCUCUCUAGACCUCAGUGGCAGAUACAGUACCUCUGAUACCCACGAAGACAGUCUGGAUAAGUUACUAAGUGGCAUGGACUUGGCCUCGGAUGCAGGGCCCCCGAGCCUGACCCUGGCCCUCGAGCAGCCCCCUCAGCUCUCCCUGAGCCCCAGUGUAGACGCCCCCGCUUCUUGCCCCAACCUGGGAGUCCGUGAAAACCCACUGAAGCAGCUGCUGGCGAAUGACGACGAGUGGGAGUUCCAGGUGACCGUCUUCUACCGGGGCUGCCAAGUCUUCCAGCAGACUGUCUGCAGCGGGGGCCUGCGGCUGGUGGGAUCCGAGGCCGAGGACGGGACGCUGGCCGGGCAGCCAGUGAGACUGCCAGACCCCGCAGCCUCCCUGACGGACAGGGGUGUGGCGGACUACGUGCGCCGGGUGCUGAGCUGCCUGGGCGGGGGGCUGGCUCUGUGGAGGGCGGGGCAGUGGCUCUGGGCCCAGAGGCUGGGGCACUGCCACGUGUACUGGGCCAUGGGCGAGGAACUCAUCCCGGACAGCGGUCACAAGCCUGACGGUGAGGUCCCCAAGGACAGGGAAGGAGGCGUGUUCGACCUGGGGCCCUUCAUCGAAGAUCUGAUUGCCUUCAUCGAAGGAAGCAGACGCUCACCACGCUACACCCUCUGGUUCUGCAUGGGGCAGUCGUGGCCUCAGGACGAGCCGUGGGUCAAGAGGCUGGUGAUGGUCAAGGUUGUCCCCAUGUGUCUCCGGGCCCUGGUAGACAUGGCGCGGGACGGGGGCGCCUCCUCCCUGGAGAACACGGUGGACCUGCACAUUUCCAACAGCCACCCGCUCUCCCUCACCUCCGACCAGUACAAGGCCUGCCUCCGGGACCUGGUGGAGGACAUGGAUUUCUAG